AUGGCUGCUGCUGCCUUCUUCACUUCUGCCUUUGGCUUGUCUGCUGUUCUUCACCUUGGCCAGGCAGUAUACUUCAAGACAUGGUGCAUGAUACCGCUGGUCGUCGGAGCCUUUUUUGAGACAGUAGGCUAUAUCAUGCGAUGUCUCUCCGCGAGCGAAAACUUCGGCUGCUGGAGUCUGCCUCCUUUCAUUAUUCACUCAAUCCUUGUUCUCGUUGCACCAGCCGUCAUUGCAGCCUCAGUCUAUAUGGUGCUUGAGAAAAUCAUUCGGCUUGCCGACGGCGACUCGUAUUCUAUUCUCUCCCCGCGCUGGAUAACCCGCAUCUUCGUGGCUGGCGAUGUGGCAUCUUUCUUGAUACAAUCAUACGGGGGAAGCAUGGUCUCAAAGCCAACCGCGACGGAGUCGUCAAAGAAAGCAGGCCAACAAAUCGUCCUCGCCGGUUUGGUAGUACAAGUGGCCUUUGGUGUGCUCUUCACUAUCGUUGCCGGAGUCUUCCACCGGCGCAUUUGUAAGGCCUUCACUGCCGCAGAUGUCUCGCAAGAGAUCCACUGGCUGAUGACGCUCUACGGCGUCAUGGUACUAGUCACUAUUCGCAACAUCUUUCGCAUCGCUGAGCACUCUGGCGGCCAGGACUCUUCCCUGAUGAAGGAUGAAUAUCUGCCGUAUCUCUUCGAUGCUACCCCGAUUUUGUUGGCGUUGCUUUGGUUCAACUGGUGCCAUCCUUACAAGAUGAAGAAAACCGCGCCGUUUGGCUAUCCGUUGACGAGCACUGCCAGUUGA